AUGGAGGCCACAGUGGAGCAGAAAUGCGCCUGCAGCCAGUGGAGGACCCCAUGGAGUGAGCGGCUGCCUGAAGGAGGCUAUGAGCCCGUAGAAAGCCUGCACUGCAGCAGAUUCCUGGCAGAAACUAGGAACCUAUGGAAAGAUGAGGUUUGCAGACAGGAGUUGUCCCCCCACAAGCUGGAGCAAGCUGUUCCUGCGGGAUUGUUUCCCCCAUGGAUGAUACCGACAUUAGGGCAGUUUGUGAAAAGCUGCACCUUGUGGAUGAGACCCACACUAGAGAAAUUCAUGAAUAUCUGGAACCCAUGGGAAGGACCAAUGUUGAAGAAGGAAACGCCAUCUCUCUUUUGGGGAAUGAUGAGAUGGGACAGCUGCCCAGACACUGAUGAAGAGCAUGUGAAUUUUACUAGAAGAGAUGAACUGAACAGAGCUCACAGUGAGGAGAGAGAGGAACCAAAUGGACCCUUGAACUUUGAGCUUGAUGUUUGCCACCAAAAACCAGAAUACAAGUCUCCAGCUUCCCUGCCACGUGCUCAGGUUAAAUUGAUCACCAGCUGGGAAGCAGGAUGGAAUGUAACAAAUGCCAUUCAGGGAAUAUUUGUCCUAGGAUUGCCAUAUGCUCUUCUCCACAGUGGAUACAGUGGCCUGUGUCUUAUUAUCUUGGCUGCAGCAUUAUGCUGUUACACAGGUAAAAUCCUAAUCGCUUGCCUGUAUGAAGAAAAUGAAGACGGGCAGCUCAUAAGAGUGAGAGACACUUAUGAAGACAUUGCAAAUGCCUGUUGCAAAAAGCUAUUUCCCCAACUAGGUGGUAUAGUUGUCAAUGUGACCCAAGUGAUGGAACUGAUCAUGACAUGUGUUUUGUAUCUAGUUGUUAGUGGGAACUUGCUAUCACAUAUUUUUCCAUAUGUACCAGUGACUGAGAAAACUUGGUCUGUAAUUGCAUUUGUUACACUGCUGCCUUGUAUAUUUAUCAAGACUCUCAAAAUUGUUUCCAAACUCAGCCAGCUGUGCUCCUUGGUCCAUUUCAUUAUCAUCCUUGUGGUAAUGACUUACUGUCUCACACAAAUACAUCAAUGGUCCUGGGCAAAAUUCAGACUCUCCAUUGAGUUUGAGGACUUUUUGGUCUCUGUAGGGGUGAUCAUCUUCAGUUACACUUCGCAAAUAUUUCUUCCCACACUUGAAGGUAACAUGAAAAACCCAGGAGAAUUUAGAUGUAUGCUGAACUGGACUCACUUUUUUGCUUGUGUCUUGAAAACAACCUUUGCACUGACUGCGUUCUUGACCUGGGGUGAACAGGUAAAGGAAAUUAUUACUGACAACCUGCCAUCAUUUCUUCAAACCCUAGUGAAUUUGUGUCUCUUAACCAAGGCUCUUCUUUCUUACCCUUUGCCCUUUUUUGCAGCCACAGAAAUUGUGUGUGCUUGUAUUACUAGAGGCAACCAUUCCAAUUACAGAUCUCCUCUGUUUGCUGUGGGCGUAAGAGGCUCAUUUCUCCUGUUAACUCUGCUGAUGGCCAUGUUCAUACCACACUUCGCCCUGUUGAUGGGUUUAACAGGCAGUGUAACAGGUGCUGCUAUGACUUUUCUUCUUCCUUCUCUCUUCCAUUUGAAACUUAAAUGGAAAAAACUAUCCUUCCUAGAGAAAUAUACAGAUAUCUCUGUUUUUAUUUUGGGGCUCCUUUGUAGCCUUGCAGGAAUAUUUUGUUCAAUAAAAGGACUGCUUGAAGUAUUUGGAGGAAUGUAA